AAAGAUAUCACUGCAACAUCAGCCAUAUAUAAUGGCACCCUUUAUUUUCCAAGCUGGAAUGGUAACAUCUAUGCGGUUAAAGAAGGCAAUGGAUCGCUUGUUUGGAAGCAGGACUUGCAGAAUCUGACAGGACUAAAUGCAACUGGCUUUGUUCGAUCUCAAUGUAAAUUGGACUGUGUCAAGGACAACUCCCACUGUUGCUGGGGAUUUAUUGAUUGUUAGAGUCUAUGAUCCUUCUGUUGUUAUUGCUGUCAAAAGAACAAGUGGUGAGCUUGUGAGGAAGACCACUUUGGAUAACCAUCCUGCAGCACUUAUCACUGUCUGGGACAUAUUACAUCGGGUCAGUGACAUAUUCACCUCUACAGAAAAGACAGAAAAUUGGUUAAACCAUGGUGGGAAUAUAUACAACAGAAGAUAUGCCAGCAUGGAGCACAAGAUCAGCGUUGAAACUGUUUCGAACCUAAGUUUGAAGUGGAAGUUCUAUGCUGGGAAAGACAUAACUGCAACUCCAGCUAUUUUCGAUGGCACACUCUACUUUCCAUGUUGGAAUGGGGAUAUUUUCGCAGUAAGAGCAAAAGAUGGGUCGCUGGUGUGGAAGCAGAACUUGGGGAAUUUAACGGGGCUAAGUGCAACGGGGUUUGUGGCAGGUGUUAACUGGACAGUGGCUAGGGCAACACCAACAAUAGCAGAGGUUGACCUUCUGAUUUUUGGAAUAUAUGGUCCUGCAGUUGUUAUUGCUGUGAAAAGAUCAACAGGAGACUUAGUUUGGCAGACACCUUUGGACAGCCAUAACUCCAGUGUUGUCACCAUGUCUGGAACUUACUACAAAGGGGCUUAUUAUGUUGGGGCAUCUUCACUAGAAGAACUCACUACCGAAGAAUGUUGCACCUUUCGGGGAAGCUUCUCAAAGCUAGAUAUUCAAUCUGGUGUCAUUUUGUGGCAAACCUUCAUGCUGCCUGAUAAUCAUGGACAAAGAGGAGAAUAUGCUGGAGCAGCUGUAUGGGGAAGUAGCCCUUCUAUUGAUGCAUCAAGGAAUCAUAUAUACAUUGCCACUGGAAACUUGUAUUCUGCCCCUUUGGACAUACUUGAAUGUCAAGAAAGAGAGAAUAAUGUAACACAACCCACUCACCCCGAUGAGUGUGUUGAACCAGACAAUCACUCUGAUUCAAUCCUUGCACUUGACUUGGACGAUGGAAAAAUCAAAUGGUACCGCCAACUGGGAGGAUAUGAUGUGUGGUUCCUUUCAUGCAACAAUUUGUCAACACCUAAUUGUCCACCUGGUCCUAACCCUGAUGCUGAUUUUGGGGAGGCACCAAUGAUGCUCACAAUUGAUGUAAAUGGAACAAAACAAGAUACUGUUGUUGCUGUACAAAAGAGUGGUUUUGCUUGGGCUUUGCACCGCGACAACGGCAAUCUCAUCUGGUCUACGGAAGCUGGGCCUGGUGGGCUAGCAGGAGGUGGAACUUGGGGAGCAGCAACUGACAAAGAAAGGGUCUACACCAACAUCGCUAAUUCGGAUGGCCAGAACUUCACUCUUAAACCAUCCAACAAGACUACAACCAGUGGAGGGUGGGUAGCAAUGGAAGCAAGUAGUGGCAAGAUUUUGUGGUCCAUAGCCAACCCUAGUAAUGCCACUGCUAAUGGUCCUGUUACUGUAGCUAACGGCGUUGUCUUUGCAGGAUCCACAAAUCAAAAAGGGCCUAUUUACGCAAUUAACGGCAAGACUGGUAAAAUUGAAUGGUCUUAUGAGACUGGAUCGACAGUGUAUGGUGGCAUGUCAGUCAGUAAUGGGUGUAUAUAUUUUGGAAAUGGAUAUAAGAUAGGUAUUGGAGUAAACCUUGGAAAUUUCACUGCAGGAACUUCGCUUUUUGCUUUUUGUGUCUAAGGAAAGUUCUAUGGUUAGUGAUAGAAAUAGAGAAGCAAGAUCAUGAUCAUUUAUAUCAUGUUUUAUGGCUUUUAUUUUGUGAAUAAGAUGGAAAGCAUUAUUAAGAAAUUGGAGUACUGGACCAACUUAUAUUGUGUAACAUUUUGUCUGAAUCUUACUGAAAUAUAUACUAGCUGUUGUAUGUUUAGAUAGUAAAUAAGGCUUACAAUCAUCACUUGGAUUGCUUUUGUGCUCUUGUUCAAUAUUUAAAUUCGCAUUUGUACUAUACAUAGCUAGCUAUCUUCAAACAUGA